GAAGACUUUCUUCAGCUGCAGCAGCAGCCCUUCAUGAGAGAGAUUUGAGAAAAAUCUCAGAGAGAGAGAGAGAGAGAAAAUGGGGUGUGAGAGCCUUUUCUACACGCUCUUCAUCACCCUCUCCGUUGCAGCAAUCACAUACAACAUCAUCAUCUCCGCCAAUGCCCCACUCAAACAGGGCUUCCCUGGCCCAGGUGGAACCACCAACCCUUCCUCUCCUCGCAUUUUCUCCCUUGAUCCCAUCAUCAAGAUGCCCCUCGAUCGAUCGACCCCGGCCGCCUCCAAGAAGCGACUCUUCCACACUGCCGUCACUUCAUCAGAUUCUGUCUACAACACCUGGCAGUGUAGGAUCAUGUACUACUGGUUCAAGAAGUUCAAGGAUGGGCCCGGUUCGGAGAUGGGCGGCUUUACGAGGAUCUUGCACUCAGGAAAACCUGAUAAGUAUAUGGAUGAGAUCCCAACGUUUGUUGCUGAUCCUCUGCCACCUGGGAUGGAUCAGGGGUAUAUAGUCCUCAAUAGACCUUGGGCAUUCGUCCAGUGGCUUCAGAAGGCUGACAUCAAAGAAGAAUAUGUACUGAUGGCAGAACCAGAUCAUAUUAUCGUCAAGCCCAUACCAAACUUAUCAAAAGAUGGGCUUGGAGCUGCAUUCCCUUUUUUCUACAUUGAGCCCAAAAAGUAUGAGUCUACUCUCCGAAAGUUCUUCCCUGAUGACAAGGGGCCGAUUACCAAUAUUGAUCCCAUAGGGAAUUCUCCUGUCAUCGUCAAGAAGGCAUCUCUUAAGAAGAUUGCUCCUACAUGGAUGAACAUUUCUUUGGCAAUGAAGAAAGAUCCAGAAGCAGAUAAGGCAUUUGGCUGGGUUCUUGAAAUGUAUGCUUAUGCCGUAGCAUCUGCUCUGCAUGAUGUGGGUAACAUCUUGUACAGGGACUUCAUGAUUCAGCCUCCCUGGGAUCAAGAAGUCGGCAAGAAGUUCAUAAUUCAUUAUACCUAUGGAUGUGACUAUGACAUGAAGGGAAAGUUAACUUACGGAAAGAUUGGAGAAUGGAGAUUCGACAAAAGAUCAUAUGAGCGUGCACCACCUCCAAAGAACCUUCCAUUGCCACCAGCUGGAGUCCCAGAGAGUGUGGUGACCUUGGUGAAAAUGGUAAAUGAAGCGACUGCCAACAUCCCUGAUUGGGAAGCCUAAGACAAUGAUGCCAACCAGAUGGCUGUCAAUACAAUCCUCGUUGAUGGAUGUGGAAGAUCGAUGCAUGCAUCGAGUGAAGAUAAAGGGAACUCCCAUCAUGCAGCCACCUCAGCUCGGCAAACAGGUGUAGCAUACUCUCAUUGUAUUUUAUCUUACAAAGUGUUUGUUAAAUGCUUGGUAAAACAUACUCUCUUUUUUUUUUUGGUUUUCUUCCCUUCACAGUUUGAAAUAAAAUCACAAUAUCUGCGGCUUUUGAAUUUUCCAUUGCAACAAAAUUGGAUAGUGUUUGGGUGCCC